GGGUCGUGUCCUUGCAUUGUCGUUGUCUAUAAAAGCGGGCGUGCCACCACGGCGUUUCUUUGCCUCCGACCCUUCGAGCCCCACCCGACGCGACGAUUCCUCUCCUCCGCCCGUUCCCACCGAUCUCACGCUCUCUCUCUUCCUCCGUCGCGUCGGCGUCGCCAUCGCCGGCCAUGGGUUGCGGUGGCUCCAAGGAGGCCGUGGCCACCGGCAACACCAGCGCCGGCAGCAAGGUCCUCCGGAGGAAGUCCUCCUCCGUCUCCACCGGCGCAAGCCACACCUCCACCACGUCGCCGUCGUCCUCCGGCGUCGUCGUCAAGGACGUCGUGAAGGAUGCGGCGGCGGCCGGCGAGGUGAUGACGCCCGCCGACGCCGAGAAGCCUAUCUCUGUCGACCCCAAGGCAGACGCCAUCGUGGUGAUGGACGCCAAGAAAGAGGAGGGCAACAACAAGGUGGCCGUGGAGGAGGAUCUGCUUCCUGAAUCCACCAUGGCCGACGAGGCGCUUGCUGUGGAUGAGGGGCCCAAGGUUGACGAACCACUCAAAAUCAAAGACGGGGAGGAGAAGACGGUUGAGAGCCAACACAUCGAAGAGGAGCAUCCGAUGAAUGAGGAUGGGGAUUCAGCCACGGAACCCCUGGAAGCGAGACCGGCGGUCGACGAGCACAAGGCGAAGGAGGCGACGACCGUCGUCCCAGCACCGUCGGCGGAGGAGGAGAAGACCACCACCGACGAACAGGCCGCUGCCAACUAACUGAUUACAAGGAGGCCAAGAGCUAGACGACGUGCAUCCACCACGAUGCAUUUUGUUCAACUGAAUUCGGGCGCCGGGCGGGCUGUCUCUUUUUGUGUAUCCUCAUGCAUGGGUGCUUUCGCUGUACGUGGGCCGGGCUGGAGUCACUCAAUAUAAUGUGUUCGAUCCAUCGACCCAUUCGCGAACCCGUCUAUGUGCAAUGCAUCUGCGUUGUGGACUACUUUACAUUCUUA